AUGAAAUAUUUUUUUCCUUUGGUUAUUUCCUUAUCAUCUGCAUAUCUGAAAGCUACAAUGAGCUUCAAGGACCCACCAACACUCCAGCAGCUGGCAAGAAGAAGCCUGCUGAAAGAUGAAGCCUUGACCAUCUCUGCUCUGCCGAACCUGCCUGUGCAACUCUUCCCACCACUCUUCAAGGAUGCAUUCACCAGCAGACAUCCUAACAUACUAAGGCAGAUGGUGGCAGCAUGGCCUUUCCCAACCCUUCCUGUGGGAGCCCUGAUGAAGAUACCUCACCUGGAGACCCUUAAAGCUGUGCUUGAUGGCCUUGAUUUGCUAAUGUCACAAAAGGAUCGACCUAGCAGGUGGAACCUACAAGUGCUUGAUUUACGAGAUGCCCACCAGGACUUCUGGGAUGGUUGGGCUGGAUUACUUCAUGAAGUCUGCUCUCAAGAUGUCUUUGGCAAGAACCAACCAGUGGGAAAUCAUCCCAUCCUAGGGGAGAACCAGACCGUGACUAUAAAAAUGAAUCUUUCCCUCAUGUCCCGCCGUCCCUCCAAAUACCUAAAAUAUUUGUAUCGGUGGGCCAAGGAGAGAAAAAAUGGGAUACAGGUGAUCUGUGAGAAGCUGGAGUUUGGGGCCAUUCCUGCCUAUGACCCACUGAAUAUUUUGAAGGUUUUUGAUGCAGCCUCAAUCCAGGAAUUGGCAAUAAACACACGCUGGGAUAUAUAUACCCUUGCCUCGCUAGCCCCUGGCGUGGGCCGGAUGAAAAACCUCCAGAAACUCCUUUUCAAGCAAAUCUGCAUACCUUGGGAUAGGCCUUGGGACCUAGAGAAGGAAGCCUGUUGUGUUACAGAGAUCUUUUCCCAGUUCUCCAAACUGCAUAAGCUCCAGCAUCUCUAUUUGAAUGAUGUCUACUUCCUGACUGAACGCCUGGACCAAAUGCUCAGGUGCUUUAAGGGUCCAUUAGAGACCCUUGCUAUUACUCACUGCAUUCUGUCAGAAUCAGAUAUGAUGUAUCUUUCCCAGUGUCCAAGCACCCACCAGCUCAAACACCUGGAUCUGAGUGGUGUCACCUUCAUUUUAAGUCAUCCAUUCCUAGGAAGCCUGCUAGAAAGACUGACAGCUACUCUGCAGACAUUAAAAUUGAAAGGCUGUAUGCUCAUGGACUGGCAAAUCAGUGACCUCCUGCCUGCACUGAGCCAGUGUUCCCAGCUCACUGAAGUCAAUUUUGUGAAUAACUUCUUGUCCAUGGACAGCCUGAAGAAGCUGCUGCAGCAUACUGCCAACCUCACACAGCUGACCCUGGAAAAGUACCCUGCCCCUGAUGAAGUCUAUGAUGACCGUGAUGGUGUUAUUCCAGACAGAUUUGUACGACUUUGUUCUGAGCUUAUGUACACACUCAAGGGUGUAAGGCAGCCAAAGCAGGUCUACUUUGUGAGUAAGAUGUUUUCAUAUUGUUGGAAUUUCUGUAUCUACAGUUUUGUUGGCAAUAUAGAAGGUGAGGUCAUUGCUAGGCUCUGACAAAUGGAAGGCAGGUCUCAAGUGGCUCAUUAUUGGCAUAGAACAUAUGUAUUCAAGCAUUUUUGGAUGUACUUUGGAAAGAUAAUUAUUUCAUUUUCUUUGAAUGUCAGUCAAAUUCUUCUGAUUUGAUGUAGUUGUGUUGAGAUGGAAAACCAUGAGCUUAUUUUCAGCCCAAUGUCUACAGUAAAGACCCAUCCUUGAACAGCAAGUACAUAUGAAAAUUGUAGGGCUGCAUUCCAGCAGUUUCUGAGUAUGAGGGGCCCUAGAAGUAGGGAAGGGGAUAAAAUAGAGAGGACAAUAUAAAGAGCAUAAUGGACUUGAAUAGGAGAGCUCUGUUUCAUUCUCCCUGUGGAUGGCAUCCACCUUUUGGCUCUCCCCUUAAUUCUGCUCUACAGUAUGUGGACAUAUUUUUAUGAAGUAUAAGCCUGCCUGAUUGAAUCUUGGAGUAUUUUCGUAUUAGACUGUUAUUGUAGCCGCCUGUGGCCACAUGAACUGGGUUUCCCUGAAAGGUGGGCUGGGGCUGAAAGAGAUCAGACAUGAGAAAAGUAUGAGGCCAAGACAAACUUUUCUGUUCAAAGCCUCUGAAGUUUACUGAGACUGUGCUUAUAAAGAGGUAGGCCCAUCCCCUGCCAGCCCAUUCUUGGUGCCUGGACCCAGCCCGGAGCGAUCUACAGGGUGUGUCCCUGGAAUGUCUCAAGGACCUUUCAGCAGGAAGCAGAGUCUUGGAGAAGAGCAAAUAGAGACAUCAAGGUCAGAGGGCUCACCCCUAGGUAAUCUUCUUAGUGGCAGCAAGGUCAACGUCUGGAUCAGCCUGCUUCAAGGCUGAGGGAGGCUACAUGUUAUCACUAUUGAGCUGCAGCUCUUUCUUGGGGGAAGUCCUGCAGCCUGAUAUUUUCAUUUAUCACCACCAUUAGCAUUAUAAUUUGUCAUAUGUUCUAAUAAAUCAGUUUUUAAUAAGAA